AUGAUGUACAUUACCAAGAACAUUAGAACAGGAUUGAACGAGAUCUCGAAGUUUUUUAAUAAGUCAUCAAAUGUAAAUUUGUGUCACUUACUGCUGCGACCUGCUACGGACAAUCCUUGGCAAUUGCGUCCGACUAUAUCAUCAUUAUUGUGGUUCUCGGCCACCUGUGGGCGACAACGGGACGGCAAGUGUAGUGUAGUGAACGUCAGGUCCCGCGACUUGCAGGAGAGGAGCGACAUGGACAAGCUGUCGCAGGUGAUGUUUGUGCUGCUGUGCCACGUGACGUGCGUCGCCAAGCAGGUCGCCUUCCACGUGGACGCGGACCGGAUCGAGCAGCUCAUCGCGAGGCUGGACGAGCCCCUGCUGAACCAGAGCGCGGAGCCGCGCGGGGCGUUGCUGCGCGGCACGGCGCGGCGCGCGGCGCGUCUGCUGCGCGUGUACUCGGGCUGCGCGGUGGCCACCUGCGUGCUGUGGAUAGUGUUCCCCGUGCUCUACAGGAUACGAGGCGUCGCCUUCGAGUUCCCAUUCUGGGCAGGCAUUCCUUACAAUAACAAUGUUGUGUUCAGCGCAGUGCUGCUGUAUUCCUUCUAUACAACCAAUUUAGUGGCGAUCGGUAACACUACAAUGGAUGCGUUCAUGGCUACAAUACUGGAUCAGUGUAAAACCCAACUUAGAAUUUUAAGGAUGAACUUCGAGACGUUGCCGGAAAGGGCGCGCGCGCUGCAGCUGGCGGGCGGCGCGGGCGCGGUGUACGAGGCCAGCCUGCACCGGCUGUUCGUGGACUGCUUGCUGCACUACAACAUCAUCACCGACACGUGCACAGUCCUGCACGACGUGUUCGCCAUUCCGCUGCUCAUACAGUUUGGAGUGGGCGGCUGGAUCCUGUGCAUGGCCGCCUACAAGAUAGUCAGCGUGGCAGCCAACAAGAAGCCUUGGAGAUAUCAGCCGGAACCGGAAUUUUGGAGGGACCAACCCAGAUUAUGGUUUAAGCAACUAGAAGCCAUAGUAGCACCACAGAAGCAAGGAGACGAUUACAAGUACUAUACGGUCAUUGCAAAACUGCCAAAAGAAGAAAUAAUACAGGUUAGUGACCUCAUUACUUGCCCACCGCCAAUAGAAAAGUACAAGGCUAUCAAAGAACGCCUAAUCAGUUGCUAUGAGGAAUCAGACCAACGUCAGCUCCAAAAAUUAUUGUCUGAAAUGGAUCUCAGCGACGAAACCAUCAAACUUCUAUGGCUGAACGUGUUCAGUAUCGAAUUCGCAUCAACGACGUUGUUCAUCAUCUGCAUUCUGAUUGAACUCUUCAUAUUCUGUUAUUACGGAAAUGAAGUAACCGUGGAGGUAGGCCUGGGCGCGGACGGUGCAGUGAGUGCCUCCCGCGGCCGGUUCAUGCGGCGUGUGUUGCAGAGCGAGCGCGUGUCGGAGUCGCUGUACAGCAUGGAGUGGGGGCGCGCGGGGCUGGCGUUCCGCCGCUCGCUGGUGCUGGUGAUGGAGCGCGCCAAGCGACCGCUGCGCCCCGCCGCCGGGAGGGUCAUCCCGCUCUCGCUUGACACAUAUGUCACGAGAUCUCACGACUGUUUCUCGGCUCCAUCAUCAGAUUUACUGCAUAACUUCAUUGUAACCCAUAUAGGUGCAGGUCGUGUGCGCAGGUCUCUGUCGUCGCGCAGCGUGGCGACACACCUGCGCAUCCUGCGGCGCUGCGGGUACUGCCGGCUGGCCGGGCGCGCCGCCCGCCUCGGCUCGCUGCCCGCCACGCUGCACGCGCUCUAUCGCGGCUUCACGCUCGCACUCACCACGCUCUAUCUGCUGCAGGAAUGCAUCUACGCCUAUCAGGUGCGGUUGGACAUGGACAAGUUGGCUCGCGUCAUGUUCUUGUUGCUGUGCCACAUCACAUCCAUAGCGAAGCAGUUGGUUUUCCACCUGAAAGCCGACAGGAUAGAUGAAAUGCUCGAAGGGCUGAAUGCCAUUCAGAUUAAGGAAGAAACAAAUACUACCCGUGCCAUUGGUUUCAGGUUCGUCUUCGUGCUGGCGUACUCGUAUUACGUGACUACGCUAGUCGGCAUCGCGAACACGACCAUGGAUGCGUUCAUGGCCACCGUGCUCAACCAGUGCAAGACCCAGCUGCGAAUAUUGCGAACUGCAAAGAUGCUGCAAGACAUUUUCGGCACAGCUAUAUUGAUCCAGUUCGGCAUCGGCGGCUGGAUCCUCUGCAUGGCUGCCUACAAGCUCGUCACGCUAAACGUGCUGAGCGUGGAGUUCGCGUCGAUGACUCUGUUUAUCAGCUGCAUCCUGACGGAGCUGUUCCUAUACUGCUACUAUGGCAACGAGGUCACGGACGAGAGCGAGCGCGUGUCGGAGUCGCUGUACAGCAUGGAGUGGGGGCGCGCGGGGCUGGCGUUCCGCCGCUCGCUGGUGCUGGUGAUGGAGCGCGCCAAGCGACCGCUGCGCCCCGCCGCCGGGAGGGUCAUCCCGCUCUCGCUUGACACCUUUGUCAAGAUAAUAAAGUCAUCAUACACUUUCUACGCAGUGCUGCGCCAGACAAAGUAA